AGGCCCACACGGCCUACACAAAAAGGUUUCGAAAUUCGGUGGUUUUGGUCAAAGCUCGUCGUUUUGCGCGCAACACGCUCUUCAUCUUCCCCUUCCGCGGCAAUAUCAGCGACACCCUGUGCCGUGUGCGCUCGUCUCUAUGAUCACGGGGAAAAAAGAAUACACCUUCUAUUCCUUCAAAAAUCUCUGGAAGAUACUCUGAAUUCUGAACCACAACGAGUCAAUAAUAUUUUCAAUUCUAUUAUUCAUUUAUGUCUAAUCCUUAAUUCAAACGGUUUUCUGGGUCCGGAUUGAAUUUGGAUUUCUGUAUUAGCAUUUGAAAAUCUGAUCGCAAAAAAAUGGAUUACGAGAAACCAAGUUUUGGUGCGAUCGUGGGUAGUAUUAACCGGCCAUCAUGGGGGGUUUUGCUUCUUCUGUUCGUUUUUGUGACAAUUCUGUCCAUGCAGCUCCGGACGGAUUCAGUUUUUCCGGCAAUGAAAUCAUUGGAACCGGCUAUUUCGGAUGUUUUCGAGGAUCGGGAGAGCUGCGCCGGGUUUUUUCGUGACGUGCGGCCGAGGAAGGUAGUGAUGUCUAUAAAGGAUUUCGGAGGAGUCGGAGACGGAAAGACCUCAAACACCGAAGCGUUCCGGAAAGCCGUCCGAUACAUGGAAGGUCUCGGAGGGAAAGGUGGGUCCCAGUUGAAUGUGCCCAAGGGGACGUGGCUCACUGGGAGUUUUAAUCUCACCAGUAAUUUCACCCUCUUCCUCCAACAAGGUGCUCUCAUUCUGGGCUCUCAGGAUCCAGAUGAAUGGCCUAUUAUAGAACCAUUGCCUUCUUACGGGAGGGGAAGAGAGAGAUUAGGAGGAAGACAUAUAAGCCUCAUUCACGGAAAUGGCCUCACCAAUGUUGUCAUUACAGGGCAAAAUGGGACUAUUGAUGGACAAGGGAAGAUAUGGUGGGAGCUGUGGUGGAACAGAACACUGAAGCACACCAGAGGCCACCUCCUUGAACUCAUCAACUCUCAUAACAUCUUAAUCUCCAAUCUUACCUUCCUCAAUUCUCCCUUUUGGACUGUCCAUCCCGUUUACUGCAGUAAUGUUGUCGUGAGAAACAUGACGAUUUUAGCUCCCUUAAAUGCCCCUAAUACCGAUGGUAUUGACCCAGACUCAAGCACCAAUGUAUGCAUUGAAGACUGUUACAUUGAGAGUGGCGAUGAUCUUGUUGCCGUGAAGAGUGGUUGGGACCAAUACGGCAUCACCAUGGCACGUCCAAGCUCAAACAUUAUAGUGAGGAGGGUUGCUGGCACUACUCCAUCCUGUUCUGGUGUUGGAAUAGGCAGUGAGAUGUCUGGAGGUAUUUAUAAUGUAACCGUCAAAGAUUUACAUGUUUGGAAUUCAGCAGCUGGUGUUCGUAUCAAAACCGACAAGGGCAGAGGAGGAUAUAUAGCAAAUAUCACCAUAAGUCGUAUACUAAUGGAGAGAGUCAAGAUACCGAUAAGGUUCAGUCGAGGCUCAAAUGAUCAUCCUGAUGAAGGAUGGAAUCCAAAAGCUGUUCCGAUGGUAAAAGGUAUCUUUAUUAGUGAUGUUGUGAGUUUGAAUUCUACAAAGGCGCCUAUAUUGCUGGGAAUCGAGGAUUCAUCAUAUGAAUCGAUAUACAUGAAGAAUGUUAGUCUACUCGGCCUACCUUCAUCUGCAUCAUGGCAUUGUGAAUUCGUGUCGGGUUUCACCGACAAAGUAUUUCCAAUGCCAUGCCCCCAGUUGCAGAAAAAUGGUUCAUUAUCAUGGUGAUCAUACACAGUUUAUUUGAACCAUGGGAAGAUGCGAAACUGGUAUGCCAAUGAACUUGCAAGCACUGCUGGACUGCCUAGAAUUGGGAAUACGGUUCUUGGGCAGCAGUGUUGGCUGCAUGCAAACCCCUAAUUUAUUGGCAAAGAUGAUCGGUUUUGUACAGUUAGGGCUUCCGGCAGGGGUCCGUCGUGGUUCCGAAUUUUUCCAGGAGGACUUAUUCUUUGAUUAAUUUUCUUGGACUGGUUUAUUUCUAUUGUGUAAAAUGAUUGCUAACACAUCAGAAUCAAAUGUAUACAUGGGGUUUUUUUGGAGAUCCCAUAGAGAUAUAGAAAGGCCUUGAGUGUACAGAAUUUGAAUACA